UCUUCGUUAGGUCUCCUCAUUGUUUGUUCAGCAAUUUCGAUGUUUAAUAGAGAAUUCAGCAAUAAAUACAAUUUGAAAAUCCUAAUUUCGCAAAUACUACUAAGCAUUUCCUUAGUAAGUAUCUAUCAGAUUCCAUCAGCUCAUCUUAACAAAGAUACAGAUCGGGAUGAUAUUUGGAAUCAUAUUCCUGUUCUCCAUCACGUGCUGUGGUUUCACGUAUGGAUUAGCGCCCUGCACAGGGGACUGGGAACUCGUGUAUCAUGCAGUGAGCGGCAACGGCCAAAAUUUCAUGGACACCUGGCAGAAAAAGUUCACUAAAAAGUGCGAUUUGUUUACCGACAAUUGUCAAUGCUACUACCGAGAGGGUUGUCUGUCGCCAAAACUGCGAAUGGAAACGCUAGGUGUCGUUUCAAGGAAAAUUCUCAGAAGUCCAAAAAUUGACUACUGGAAAUGUCUCAAUAUUCAGAAGGUCAGAAUGGAGUUGAAUAAGGGAGGCAAGACCGUGGCAUUUAUUGAAUUCAAUGGAAAAGGAUCCAACUUCAUGAACUGGUUCCACCGAAGUAGAGUCAUGAGAUCCAGCUAUAUAGACCUGAGAAGAAAUGGACGCUUCAACGUGUUUUCAAUGAAGAAGGAACAACGUCACGGCAGACAUUUCUAUAUCAAUAGAAGUUACGGUGGGUGUCAUAAAGAUAAUGGAUGGCUUGUUGUUAUGGACGCUAAAGGAUCUAAACCAUGUCACUGGGAGAGGCAGAAAAGAUAUCCCCAAUUUCUGUACAGUAAACAUCACAAACGUGGAAGAUGGCAGGGCAUGGGCUAUGGAAAAGCAGAUGUCCUAAAUAUCUACAUACGGAGAGGUUGAAAACACCGAUGACCUGAGAUGUACAUAAUGCUAUCAGUCUGCAUGUACAAUAAAUUUCCAAGAUAAAA